UAGCUAACCUCCAGAACGGUUGAAGUAUGUCCUUGAUCCUCACGGUAUUGGACCUGACGGAAUCCCUAUGAGAGAGGGCUGAGCUGAAUCCGGGUUGACGUAAUAACGUACUGUAGCCCUGUUAUGCGCUGCUUCUGCGUUGUCGAGCGCUGGGCGCGAGCAAAAAAACAAACAUAUUCCAAGCGUCAGUGAUUAGGCCUAUUAUUCGCGUGAAUAUUGAGGACAAAGGACAAGGUGGAUACUAUUGACACGAUAAUAACAUCGUUGGCAACCUGCUUAAACAUGUACCACUCGGACCACAUAGUCGAUUUCCUUGACCUCUCCUUCACCAUCCCAAUCCCUGAAGCCUUGGGCCUAGCAUCAAACCACUGAACCAACCCCUUGUCCUAUAUCCCUCCACAUAUCCUAUACCCCCACCCCAGCACUCACACAGCCUUUUCCCCUACCCCCUGUCCAAACCCCCAUACCCGGAGGACCAUGGACAGCCCCUCCAAGCUGUCUGGCGAGACCCUGAUCGUUCAUCACAUCCCCCUGGUACACUGCCAGGUGACCGGGGGUCGGCAGGGCUACAGCGGAGGAGGAGGGGGGUCCCUGAAGAGAUCAAACCAACCAGAGCACCUGGGCCUGAGCCCCACCACCUCCCUCCCUGAGCGAGAUGUACUCCAGAGGGAAGCCCUGGUGUACAGCAGCCUCAUCCAGACCUCUACAGGAGGAGGAGGAGGAGGAAGAGGAAGAGAAGGAAGAGGGGGAGGAGAAAGAGAAGGAAGAGGGGGAGGAGAGAGUGGAGGACAUGGAGGAGAGAGAGGAGGAGGACAAGGAGUAGGAGAACGAGGAGAAGGAGGGAGAGGAGAAGGAGUAGGAGGCGGCAGCACAGGGAGCGAUAAUUUGUCUGUGACGUCCAGUAACUCGGAGGACCAGGUGAUGGUGGACAACACUCUGCUCAGGGUGAAACCAAGGGAACAGGCCAACAACCCUCUCCGGCUCCGCCACAACCCUUUUCUGCUCAACACGGAGGAGGAGGAUGAUGACGAGGAGGAAGAGGACGAAGACGAUAGUGAUAAUCUCAACGGUUACCUGGAAGAUUCAUCCUUCCAUCUCCAUGGCAAUACAAACUCUGCCCUAGAUGAGGAGGGAGACGGGGUCACGCCCUUUCACCUCCACGACCUGGGGUUCACCACACACGAGCCCUUCCUGUUGCAAAGCACCCUGGGAAAGCACUCCUGGGGCUGCUCCGGGGGACGGGAUUCCCUCAGGGGUGUGGCCUCCGAUCUCUCCUCCCACCUGGAGGGCCUAGACCUGCUGGUAUUGGAUGGUCCUCGCCGACACGGCAGCAGCGGCUCCACCCUCUCCAUGGACUGUGGAGAGCAGGAGUGGGCCGAGGAUGAUGAGGAGGAGGCGGAAGACCCAAUGAGGGGUGGUGGGAGGAGCAGUAGCCAGGCUGACUCGUCUUCCUCCAGCUCCGCCCACCAGCUCUGCUCCUGCUACGGCCUCUCACAGACGUUUCACGAACACUUCCCAGAACAGUUUUCCCAGUCGUUGGAAUGCCAGCUGGGCUACGGCAGUGAAUCGUCCUGCAACAGCUCGGAUGGCAUGCUGGUCAACUUCAGUGCCAUUUAUAACAAGAUCAAUAACAGUGUCCCUUCGACCUCCUCCGAGCCACCUCCUCCUGCCACGACCACCAACCUGAACAGUUCCACUGACCACACCUCCUCUGUCUGCACCUCUUCUGUACUGGGUGGGGAGGCAGGGAACCCAGGAAGAGCCAGAGACAGGGGUGCUUUCUACCUCGACCUCCACACUUCCCCCACCGAGCCCCCCAACUCUCAUCAACCAUCUUGCUCCUCCAAUAGCACCCGGUUGUUUGGACUCCACCCCUACACCAACACCUCCGCAUGCACCUGCUCAGCCGAACACCAGGGGGCGCUAGAUCUGGACGCCAACUGCAAUUCUUACCAGCCUCCCCACCACUCAGACUCAGGAAGUGACCUCACAUCCUGUCUGCAGAGCCAGGCCCAUCUCGUGGUAGCCACCCAGAACUACUACAAGUUGGUGACCUGUGACCUUUCAUCUCAGUCGCCACCGAGCCCUGUGGGAAGCUCCGCGUCGUUUACCAGCUGCUCUGACGAGCACAGCAAGGAAAGCCCCGCUCCCGACACGCCUAACACCACCCAGCCAACCGAAUACUACCUGUUCAGACGGCCACCUGGGGGAGAGGAAAAGGAGGCCGAAGAGGAAGAUGAGGAGGGAGAGUUGUCACAGCGUGAUGAAAAUGAGGAAGAGGAUGAUGACGAGGAAGAGGAGAGAAAGAAGAGGGAGCAGCGGCAGUUGGGCGGAGCCUGUUCAGACCUCAUCAUCGAGGGACAGGUGUACAUUAACAUCUCCCCUCCUGUGGUUGACCGAGGACCCAUCGGAGGCGGGACUCCCCGUUCCCGUAGCUACGACCGGAACCUGGACAAGUCCCCGCCCCCUCGGCUUGGCUCAUUGGAGCGCAUGCUGAGCUGCCCUGUUCAUCUCAGUGAGGGCGCCGUCCCCCUCGGCCCUCCCACUCCGCCACGGGUCACUUCCUUCGCUGAGAUCGCCAGGAGCAAGAGGACAAACGGAGGAAGCACUGGCUCUCCUUCUCUCAGGACGGGGGGAUGUUCAGAUCCCUUCUCCUCCAUCCACUCGGCCCACUCCCACUCCUCGGCCCACUUCUCCCCCAUCCUGGAGAACCUGGGUCAGGGUCCGAGCCACAGUGUGCCCUUCCAGCGCUGCUCCAGCCAGGGCAGUGUGGAUCGCCCUGGUGGUGGCGCCAGAGAAACACGCUCCACGGCUGAAGGUGGUCUCUCCAGCUCUUUGUGCAGCUCUGCUGUUGUCCGCUACACUAAAGACCAGCGUCCUACCACCCUCCCCAUUCAACCCUUCACCUUCCACCACCAGUUCUCCAAGCUGUCCCAGCCUAAGCCCAUUCUUCCCCUGCUGACGGGCUACGUUUCUGGGAUGCAGGCGCGGGGUGGAGGGCCUUCUGGAGGUCCAGAGGGGUCUGAUGGAGUCGACGACGACCGAUGGAAAGACUCUUUGCGUCGAUGCCAGAGUGGGGGUACGAUGGGUGGGAUGGUAUCAGCGGUGGCACCGCUCGGCCCUGGCUCUGUCCGGCCCUCGCCGCUGGGUAGCUAUUCCCCCGUCCGUCUCCAGGGGCUGACCUCCACUUCCUGUUCUACCUGCACCCCCAGCCCCCAGACUCCUCGCAGCCUCUCCUGCCCCCUGUCGGCCGAGCUCCUGCCCCUCCACCAUACCCAUCCACCACCAGCACGACUGGCGGCUGUCCCUCUGCCUCCCACUCCUCCACCUCCGCCCCAGGGGGUGAAACGGGGUGCGGUGCCCCCCAUGCUGCCUCCGGUCCAGGGCCAGGUGCAGGGUCAGUGUCACCAGCACUACCACCGUGGGACCCUCCCCGUCCUGCCGGUCGUGCUCCAGGACAGUGAGAUUUCACUGCGAUACGAGGAGACGUCAGACUCUGUGGAGGGGAGCAGAGGACCAGGGUCCACGACACAACAUGGCCAGUCUGUGAAGCAGCUGCAGCAGUACUACAGUGACUUCCUGCCAGACUACUUCUCCCUGACGGAGCGUCCUCCAGACGAGUUCUGUCUCUCUCCUGACGCCUCCUCUUCGUCAUCGUCCUCCACUUCCUCACAAUCCCACAUCUCUGUGAACCUGCAGCAGAAGAGAGGUUUAGUCAAAGCCAUCAAUACAGCGGUAGAUUUAAUCGUGGCUCAUUUUGGCACAAGUCGGGACCCUGAUGUUAAGGCGAAGCUGGGUAACAGUUGGGUGAGUCCCAACGUGGGCCACCUGAUCCUGAAGUACCUGUGUCCGGCUCUAAGGGAGGUCCUGGGGGAUGGGCUGAAGGCCUACGUGCUGGACCUGAUCAUCGGACAGAGACGCAACCAGCCCUGGAGCCUGGUAGAGGCCUCCACACAACUAGGCCCAUCCACCUGUGUUGUCCACAGCCUGUUCUCCAAGGUGUCCCAGUACUCAGAGCUCACCAGCCACAGCAUGAGACUCAACUCAUUCAUCUUUGGACUGCUGAACUUGCGAUCUUUGGAAUUUUGGUUCAAUCAUCUCUACACUCAUGAAGACAUCGUAGCGGCUCACUACCACCCGUGGGGUUUCCUGCCGUUGUCUCAGGGGCCGUGCCAGCCUCUCUUGGAGGAGCUCCUCCUCCUCCUCCAGCCUCUGUCUCUGUUGCCCUUUGAUCUGGAUCUGCUCUUUGAGCCGCGAUUGGUCCAGAGGAACCAGGAACACCUGAGAAGCAAGGAACAGCUCUGCUCCGCCUCCGCUGGCCAGGGCCUGGACCAAUCAGCAUGCUCCACCUUCCAGCUCAUGAGGGGGUGGAGCUCGGAGUCACGGAGAGAAGAGUCUAUGAGAGAAGGGGCGGAGGUUAAAAAGGAAGGAGGCGGGGUGGGGAACAGAGAAAGGUUGGGGCUGAGACGAGAGGGGACGUGGCCUAGGAUGGAAGGGGUUGGAGAGAGAGGGAGGAGAGAGGGGAUGAUGCAGAGGAUGGGGUCGAGGAGAGAGGGGGUGGGGAUUGAUAGUUUAGGGGCGGGGCUUGUAGCAGCACAGCCAAUGACAACCGAAGUAGGGACAGGAUUUGCAAACCUGUGGAGAGAGAGCGGGAGGGGGAAGGGCACAGGAAAGAGAGUGAAGGGGGUGGGAGGAGAACGCCAUGAGGAGGAGGGAGAGAAGGAAGAGAGGAGGAAGGGGAUAGAGAGGGAUUGGGCGAAGGAGGGUCGUCAGCAGCAGGAGCGUGAUCGCCAGGCGGGCUGGUGGUACCAGCUCAUGCAGAGUUCCCAGGUCUACAUCGACCAAUCAGCUCAGGGUGGGUCGAAGUUCGUUAAGAGCGAGAAGAGGAAGAAGUCUGCAGAGAGGCGGAGCCAGAGUCAGCACCCACUCCCCAGGAAGGGUGUUGUGGAAGGGGCAGAGUCUAGCCAGGAAGAGGAGGUUCUUAGGGAGAGAAGCAGGAAGAGCAGCUCCAGUGGUGAGUGGACGGGGUCCAGGGGAAGAGGAAGACCAUCCUGGAUGGGGAGUCCCCCAGAGUCAGUGCUCACCCAGGACAAGGAGAAAGAGAAGGAUCCAGGAACCACAAGGGCCACAGAAGCCACAGCGACCCAGCCAGCAGCCCAGACUGAAGACCCCUCCCAGGGCCAGAGCAUGCGCUGGGUCAGACUGUUUGGGUCCAGCAUGUGUGGUGGUGGCCCCCCCUCCAGGCCAGAUGGAGCAGAGCAGAGACCAUCCAAAAGCAAGAGGAGCAGGCUGCCGUCUGGAUGGCUGACAGGUCUGGACAUGUCCGUGCUGGACCUCUUAGCCCAGUCGGUGGGGGUGGGGACAGUGAAGAGGGUGGAGCCUUCAGCUCCUCCGGCCCCUCCCACUCUGAACCAACCCUCUCCACCUCCUCAGCCGCCACAGGAGACCCAAACCAAACAGCUGUGUGAGGUGCGUGCCCUGUGCCACCACAUAGCCACAGAGCCUGACCAGCUGAGUUUCCAUAAAGGGGACGUACUGACUGUCCUGAGCCGGGCUGACUCCGACUGGCUCCUCUGCUCCCUGGGGGCCCAGCGGGGCCUGGUGCCUUUCAUCUACGUUACCCUGAGGGGUCUGGAGGACAGCCAGGCGCCCCAAGAGCCUCAGGGGCCACUCUGACUCAACUAGGGUUCAAAAUGUCAGGUUUUCCAGAAAUCCUGGUUGGGAGAUUCCUGGAAUCAGGAGGGAAUAAGUAGGACAUCUGUAUAUCCUCCAACCUAGGGAUUUCGGGAGAGUUGUCGGAGCCCUAGACUUGCAACCCUAGACUGAACCCAGGGCCCAGAGGCCACAGUAGAGGAUGAGGGUGGAAGGUGGAUAGGAGAAAAGGAUUCAGAGGGCCAAAGAUAGAUAUACAGCAUACUACAGCACAAGACGAUGGGAUACUCAUGGAGAAGAGACCUUAUUAUGACUGGUUCAAAGUGUAAUUAUUGUACUAUGGAGAGGCGUAUGAAACACACACACACUCACACACACAGACACAAACAUGCAUUAAUGUACAUAUAUGCACAUGCAAGCAUGCAGGCACAAAUACGCUAUACUUCCCUAUGUAUGCAUGUCCAGUAAACUCACACACACCAAACUGCCUGGGGAUAUUUUACAGAAAGGAGACAAGGCUAGCUACUGACUGCCUUGGCCGCAUCACAUACUGUAUACCAUCCCUAGCUGUAUUUUACUUUACCAUGCUACAGAGUAUACUCUAUCUAUCAUUCAUCUAGCUGUGCCACUCUUUGAAUGCCAAUGCUAUGCUAACGCGCUAAUGCUAGUUCUAAUGCUAGUGCUAAUGCUAGUGCUAAUGUUAGUUCUAAUGCUAGUGCUAGUGCUAAUGCUAGUGCUAAUACUAGUUCUAAUGCUAGUUCUAAUGCUAGUUCUAAUGCUAGUGCUAAUGCCAGUGCUAAUUGUUAAUGGAACAUUUCAGAGACUGGUUAAAGGACUUGUCAUCCAAUGGAUCCACGCCGACAUGCUUUUCUCUGAGGUUCAUUCACCCAGAGAUCCCCUGCUUUGUUGUAGGACGUAAGUAGGAAAAGUAGUUUUGUUAUAAAACAUAAAAUAAAAGCUUCCUUAGUGUGUGUGAUACAGCUGUCGACAAUCUCCACAUCUCUGUGUGGAGUAAAUACAAAUGGACAACAGGUUUAAACUCGCUUCUUCAAUACAAAUGGACAACCGGUUUAAACUCGCUUCUUCAAUACAAAUGGACAACCGGUUUAAACUCGCUUCUUCAAUACAAAUGGACAACCAGUUUAAACUUGCUUCUUCAAUCUCCAGAUUCCUGAUUUUCAUCAUCUUGUUAACGCUGUGGGUGCGUUCCUCUGCCCAGGCGUUGCUGACGCCAGAUCUUACAAAGCUUGGAUACGUAUUUUACGUAUCGGCUAACCACAUCAUCUGUAUGUUAUAGCAAUCACCACCAAUGAUUACCAACGAUGGACUGUCAAACCUGACUCUGAUUGGACAAGCCCAAUAACAUCCUCUGGCUCCUCCCUUCACAUCCUGUUGUUUUGAUGGAUGGGACGAACUGACCUAUCACUGCAAUUGUCAGGAAAGAAAAGGGCAGAGCCGGGCCAAGUGCAUGUAACCUAGCAACAGACGGACAACGUUUUGUGUCUUUUUUACAGUGUCUUCACCCCUGUUCUGACCCCAAAACCCUAGCUCCUCCCACCUACCCCGCCUCUCUACCCCUUAACCAAUACAACUGCACAGCUUUAGGAGGAGCUGCAGUACCACGAUUACAGACAAAACCAAGUGAUUCAAUAAGCUUUGAACUCUUGUCUAUAUAUCUAUCCAUACGCACUGUAAAUGCAUAUACUUACACACGUUUAUUUAUUGACAAGUGAUGAUGUCAUGUGUCAUUGUUGAGGGAAAAAACGUGUGAAUGGAAAGGCAGUAGAGGUGGAUAAAGAAGGAAUGUCCAAUGAAAACAACGUAUGACUUUGGAGGUGUGUUUAGGUGUUCUUAACAGAAUGUGUUGUUUGGAAAGGCUGUAUAAUCACCAUGGCAACCCCAACCCAACCCGAACCUCCCUAUUGUAAAAAUGGGUCUACUAAAGAGAAAGAUCAUGUUUAAACGUUUUUUAAAAAUGCUUCAAAUGAUUCUGAUUGGUAGUAUGUAAAGAGAAAGAGAGUCACUUUUCUUGUGUAUGCCUUAAAGUCCUUGAGAAAGAACCACAGAGAGAGCUGCUGUUUUGGAGGUAUCUAGCGUCUGACUAUGCCUGUGGUCCCUACAUGAUUCUUAUCUAUGUGACGGCGCGUCCAACCAGCCACUUUCCCUGGGUUUCAGUUGGAAAAAGAGUAUAUAUUUUCUCUGGUAAUAGAAAAAGUAUAUGGCUAUUUUUUAGGGUGGGACUCUUAAAAUUAACCCCAACACAUUUCUUGGUGGCUUUGUAGGCAUUUGUUGGUGUCAGGAGUGGCCUUAGGUUCAGAUUGAGCUGUACAGGAAACUAGAGCUGGCAAAAAAUGAAGGAUUAGGUUUAAACCCUAUAUGUCAAAACCUUGUGGAUUAGGCCUUAGAUUAGUGUUUGUUAGAGACAAAAUGAUCAACAAUGAAAUAAUGUAAUGUCACUUUUUUUUGCGAAACUGAAAAAUUGCAAGGACGAAUUCACACUGGACAAGAGUUAGGCCUAGAUUCAAUCAGACCAAUAGUUCAUUUAGCUUGUAAAUGAUACUGUAUUAUUAUUAUUCUAAAUUCUUUGUUGAACUGUAUUUCGUUUUUCUGUUAUUCUCUUUUGUUGUACAGUUUAAUUUGGUUUUAUUUUAAAUUUUUGUCAAUUCCUUUGGAUUCUGCAUAAAUAAUUUAAAUAUUUCGUUAGCUCUGAAUUGUAAAUAUAUUUAAUUUCUUCAAUAAUAAUUUUUUUAUAAUAAUAUAAUUUUUUUAAAGAUAGAAAUAGAUAUGAGGUAUGGUUAUGUACAAAACAUUUGGAACACAUUCCUAGUAUUGAGUUGCACCCCCUUUUGACCUCAGGAUAGCCUCAAUUUGUCGGGGCAUGGACUCGACAAGGAGCUGAAAGUGUUCCACAGUGAUGCUGGCCCAUGUUGACUCCAAUGAUUCCCACAGUUGUGUUAGGUUGUCUGGAUGUCCUUUGGAUGGUGGAUCAUUCUUGUUACACAUGGGAAACUGUUGAGCGUGAAAAACCCAGCAGCGUUGCAGUUCUUGACACAAAUCGGUGCGGCCUGGUACCUACUACCGUACUCUGUUUAAAGGCAAUUAAAUAUUUUGUCUUGCCCGUUCACCCUCAACGACACACACACACAAUCCAUGUCUGAAUUGUCUCAAGGCUAGAAAUCAUUCUUUAACCCGUCUCCUCCCCUUCAUCUACACUGAUUUGAAGUGGAUUUAACAGGUGACAUCAAUAAGGGAGCAUAGCUUUCACCUGGUCAAGUCUAUGUCAUGGAAAGAGCAGGUGUUCCUAAUGUUUUGUACACUCAGUGUAUAUUAAUACAUUAUUGCAUUAAUAACAAACAUUUGUAAAUGUGAGUUAGUAUCAUGUUAUGGGCAUGGUGAAUGGACAGCUAUGGGGAUAAAUGCCUGCCAAGAGUAUUGUGAUUAUAACAAUGUAUUUGUUAUUGUGUUUUUGGCACAUACAGUGCCUUCAAAAAGUAUUCAUACCCCUUGA